CUCCUGCUCCUGCUCCUGCUCCUGCUCCUGCUCCAGUUCCUGCUCACGUUCCUGCUCCCGUUCCUGCUCCUGGGCCUGGUCCUGGGCCUGGACCUCGUGCUGCUGCAUUCUGGGGACGUCCAAGAUAUAGAACCUAUACUGUGUCUGAAAGCGACUCAGACUACAGUAGCAUGACCCCCGACGGAACCUAUACUGUGUCUGGAAGCGACUCAGUCUUCAGUUCAUCACCCAGCAGAUCCUAUAGUUUAUCUGGAACCGACUCAGGCCUCCUUAGUAUGACACCCGGCAGAACCUAUACUGUGUCUGGAAGCGGCUCAGCCUUCAGUACGUCACCCAGCAGAUACUAUACUGCAUCUGAAGGUGACUCAACCAGCAGAUACUAUACUGCAUCUGAAGGCGAAUCACCCAGCAGAUACUAUACCGCGUCUGGAAGCAACAUAUUUGCCGCUCGUACACCUCCUGGUCCUCCUAAUCCUGGGCCUGGUCCUGGUCCAGGGCCUGGGCCUGGGCCUGGGCCUGCUCCUGCUCCUGGUCCUGCUCCGGCUCCAGCUCCUGCUGCAGCUCAUAGACCUCCAGCUGCUCCUGGUCCUGCUCCAGUUCCUGCUCUCGUUGCUGCUCCUGGUCCUGGUCCUGGUCCGGGUCCUGGCCCUGGUCCUGCUGCAUUCUGGGGACGUCCAAGAUAUAGAACCUAUACUGUGUCUGAAACCGACUCAGGUUACAGUAGUAUGACACCCGGCAGAACCUAUACUGUGUCUGGAAGCGACUCAGUCUUCACUUCAUCACCCAGCAGAUCCUAUAGUCUAUCUGGAACCGACUCAGGCCUCCUUAGUAUGACACCCGGCAGAACCUAUACUGUGUCUGGAAGCGGCUCAGCCUUCAGUACGUCACCCAGCAGAUACUAUACUGCAUCUGAAGGUGACUCACCCAGCAGAUACUAUACUGCAUCUGAAGGCAACUCAUUCUUCAGUACGUCACCCAGCAGAUACUAUACUGCUUCUGGAAGCAACAUAUUUGGAGACUCCAUAGGGCCUCCCCAAGGAGCCAGUACACCUCGUGCUCCUAUUCCUGCUGUUGGUGCUCAUACACCUCCUGGUCAUCCUGCUCCUGCUCCUGCUCCUGCUGCUUAUAGACCUCCUGCUCCUCCUGCUCCAGUUCCUGCUCCCGUUCCUGCUCCUGGGCCUGGUCCUGGGCCUGGUCCUCGUCCUGCUGCAUUCUGGGGACGUCCAAGAUAUAGAACCUAUACUGUGUCUGAAACCGACUCAGACUACAGUAGUAUGACCCCCGAUGGAACCUAUACUGUGUCUGGAAGUGACUCAGUCUUCAGUUCAUCACCCAGCAGAUCCUAUAGUUUAUCUGGAACCGACUCAGGCCUCCUUAGUAUGACACCCGGCAGAACCUAUACUGUGUCUGGAAGCGGCUCAGCCUUCAGUACGUCACCCAGCAGAUACUAUACUGAGUCUGGAAGCAACAUAUUUGGAGGUGUGUCAUCCUACAGAACCUGUACUGUCUCUGGAACCAACAUUGCCUUUCCUUCCAACUAUAACCAUUUCAAUUCUAUGCAUCUGCUUUCUUUUUAA